AUGGCCGUCCAAGACGUUGCCGAGGUGGCCCACAGCCUGUCAGAGCCAGAGAAAACAGACCCACACAGCUUGAAAGACACGUCGGGGGACCAAACUGCCCGAGAGAAGCAAGUGGGCAGGCGGCUGUCGCUGGCUGGCGGCGGAAGUCUCUCCCUAGCCGACGUCGAGUCUGUCCAUGUCCGAAUCCGAAAUCUCUCCGUCUCGAUCAAUCUAACGCCCUCCCUCCUCGAACCAGCCACCUACCAGCUUCUCUUCACUUCAAAACCAAACAGUCAACAUGUAGCCUCUCUUGCAAGGACGCUCUUGGACUCGGUCGCGGCUGAUCUGGAGCCAGGCUCCCUCACGGCCAUCAUCGGGGGCAGCGGGUCCGGCAAGACGACACUGCUCAAUACCAUGGCCGAGAGGGUCACCAGCUCGAGACUGUGCCAAACAGGCACGACGACUUUCAACGGGCGGCUGGGCGUGCACUCUGUGAGGCACGCCUACGUGAUGCAGCAGGAUGUCCUUCUCCCCACUCUCACCGUCAGGGAAACCCUCCGGUACUCUGCCGACUUACGCUUGCCGGCCUCGACGCCGGCGUGCCAUUGCCAGAGGGUGGUUGACGAGGUCAUCCGCGAGCUCGGGCUGAAGGACUGCGCCGAUACAAGGAUCGGCAGCAGCCAGCACCGAGGGUGUUCGGGCGGUGAAAAGCGGCGCGUCAGUAUCGGAGUCCAGCUGCUUGCCAACCCAUCCGUGCUCUUCCUCGACGAGCCUACAACAGGUCUUGAUGCCACGAGCGCCUUUCAAGUUAUGCGCGCUCUCAAGGCACUCGCUCGCAAAGGACGGACCAUUAUAACCACCAUCCAUCAGCCCCGCUCCGAGAUAUGGCACUUGUUUGAUAAUCUCAUCGUCUUGUCCAAGGGCGGCCCCGUCUACUCCGGCACCAUGGUCGGCUGCCUCCCUUGGUUCAACGACCAGGGCCUCGAGAUGCCGGCUUUUGUGAAUCCCGCAGACCACGUCAUCGACAUCUCUGCGGUGGACAACAGAACUCCCGAGCUGGAGCAGGAGAGCAGGGCCCGAGUCGAGAGGCUCAGGGCCGCGUGGCGCUUGGAGUGCCCAACACGCUUCGCCCCGGUGACUGCGGCCGAGGACACCGUCGGCCGGGGAACACGGGGUUCGACAACCGUGGCUCGCAACGGCUUCGGCCGCCAGCUCUGCGUCUUGACUGACCGCACCUUCAAGGUGACGUAUCGGGACCCCUUAGGCAUGGCGGCCUCCGUCUUCGAGGCCAUCUUCAUGGGCCUCGUCGUUGGCUAUCUGUUCUACAACCUCGGUCGAGACCAGGCUGGCAUCCGAUCGCGCGAGGGUGGUCUGUACACGGUAGCCGGCUUGCAAGGAUACUUGAUUCUUAUAUUCGAAGUCUAUCGAAUGACGAUUGACAUUGCUACCUUUGACCGCGAGUUCUCGGACAAUUGCGUCGACGCUUUGCCUUUCAUUUUCUCGCGCCGCCUGGCUCGGUUGCCCACGGAAGACGUGCCGGUGCCUCUCCUCUUUACCCUGUUGGUCUAUUUCAUGGCCGGCUUCGACCGCGACGCCGAGAAGCUUCUCAUCUUCUUCGCCAUUACCUUGGUGAGCCACUACAUCGCUGUGACAUGCGCCAUGACGUGCGUCGUCGCUGUGAGACACUUCGCUGGCGCAAGUUUGAUCGCGAACUUGGUGUAUACACUGCAAAGCGUUGCAGCUGGCAUAUUCAUUCAGAGCAAUACUAUUCCAGUUUACGUGAGAUGGCUCAAGUGGAUAACUUAUACUUUCUAUGCUUUCAGCGCCUACGCUGGCAACGAGUUUCAGGGCAGUUUCUAUGACUGUCCAAGCCCGGGCGGCCCUUCGAAUCCUGCGUGCAUCCAGUACACGGGCGAGUACAUCAUGGAGUCUCUUGGCUUCCCUAGGGAUUGGGUCGCCCGUCCCAUCAUCGCAAUGGUAGCCUUCACAGUCCUCUUUUGCGCCCUCUCCUCCGUCGGACUUCAUUUUUUCAAGCCGGGCAUAGCUAUUACUCGUACCCGUACUACAGAUACCGACCUGUCCGCCGGCAAGGAGACGAUGGCAGCCCCUUCCGCCGAAGUGCGGACCGUUGACCUCGGACUUGAUCGUUUCGCGCUGGCAUUGGAUAAAACAUCCAUUUUUGGCAAGAAGCUGCCGCGUAAGACCAUUCUCAACCCUGUCGAUACCACGUUUCAAGCCGGCGUGUUGAACAUCAUCAUGGGUCCAUCAGGCAGCGGCAAGACGUCGCUCCUCAACGCGAUGGCGCUGCGGCUGCGCAAUUCUGUCGGUACAAAGUAUCGCCCAUCUGGGAGGCUCACGUUCAACGAUGCCAUGCCUUCGAAUGCCGUUAUCCGAUCUGUCUGCUCUUAUGUUUGUCAAGACGACGAUGCGCUUUUGCCCUCCUUGACUGUCCGAGAGACUCUCCGGUUCGCGGCCGGCCUACGUCUGCCAUAUUUUAUGAGCGCCGCCGAAAAAAGCCGACGCGCCGACGAGAUUUUGCUCAAAAUGGGUUUGAAGGACUGUGCCAACACGCUGAUCGGGAGCGAUAUUAUCAAGGGAAUUUCUGGCGGCGAGAAGCGUCGCGUCUCCAUCGCCGUGCAGAUCCUUACCGAUCCUCGCGUUCUUCUACUUGAUGAGCCGACGUCGGGCCUCGAUGCGUUCACUGCGAGUUCUAUCAUGGAAGUUCUCAGAGGCUUAUCUAGCGAAGGUCGCACCCUCAUUCUGACCAUCCAUCAAGCGCGCUCAGACCUGUUCAGACAUUUCGGAAACAUCCUCUUGCUCGCACGUGGGGGCUCGUCUGUCUUCGCCGGUCCAGCAAAAGAUAUGCUCGAUCACUUUGGCACGUAUGGCUAUGCGUGUCCGCGUGAUACAAACCCGGCCGACUUCGCCCUCGACCUGAUAACCGUUGACUUGCAGCGAGAUGACAGAGAGGCUGAAAGCCAGGAGAGAGUACAGAAGCUAAUUGAGGGUUGGAAGAGCCAUGGACAAAGGCCGCUUGAUGGGGCAGGUCCUCUCAAGGCCGAACUUCAAGAGGAAGGGACAAUGGCAAAUACAGAGGCUCCGAUGGCAAACGAAGAGUUCCAAGCCCGCGCCCGCACAUGCCCCCGCGGCAAUUCGUUCAAUAAGGCGGACCUGUCAACGCCGGCUGAGCUUGGCGCUCUCGUCCGUAAGCGGACGGCUUUCUCGGCUGCGCUCCCCCUGCUUCUUCACCGGGCCUUCAUCAAUACCCGACGCCAGCCACAACAAAUCCUUGCUCGGACAAUGCAGGUCCUCGGUCUGGCCAUUGUGCUCACACUCUUCUUCGCCCCAUUGCGCAACGACUACUACUCCGUACAAAACCGGAUGGGAUUCGUGCAGGAGCUCGGGGCGCUCUACUUUGUCGGGAUGCUCCAGAACGUCGCCAUAUACCCGGCCGAGCGCGACGUCUUUUACCGGGAAGACGACGACGGCGUGUACGGCGUGGACCCCUUCCUGGCUGCCUACACAAUCCUCGAGGUGCCCUUUGAGGUGGUGAGCUGCUUGCUGUCCGGAGUGCUUGCAGUAUUUGCCGUCGGACUGCCAAGGACGCUCGCCAUCUUGGGUAUCAUGUUCAACACGCUCUUCGGACAUACAGGCUUCGCCGUGAACGCCAUGGGCAUCUUUCUCUCCGUGGCCACCGUCAUGGCCGGGAUCCUCUCCAUCGACAUGCCGGACAUGUUCCGAGCCGCCAACUAUCUUUCGCCGAUCCGUUACGCCACCCGUGCCGUGGCGCCCUAUUCGCUCCGCGGAGUCACCUUUACAUGCACCGACGCGCAGCGGCUUCCCACGGGAGGAUGUCCGAUCGAGACGGGCCAGCAGGUGCUGGAGCUGUACAAAUUUGAUGUUGAUCCGGUGGUGAACGUGGGCGCACUGGCGGGGAGCAUUGUGGCAUACCGCAUUUUGGCCCACGGAAAGGACCAGGACACCAUGAAGGACCAAAGCACAGUCAUUGAGGAGUUCAACGACCUUGUCAACAUGACAGUGUCGGAACUCGAGACCUGGCUCAAGUCGGACGAUUCCCAGAGCGCUGGGUGGCCUAAGGGCGAAGGGGCAACAGAGUCGGUUGGGCACGAUAGCGGCCGCAACAUCAUCUCGAUUCUCGAGUCAAACCCGGAUAAGGACCCCGAGAGGUACACAGACGAUCAGAUCCAGCAUAUGAGAAAGGUUGUGGCUUACUGCAAGAGACACCUGGCCCAAGAAGAAAAGGUAAAUAACGAAAAGUCGACCGAGGAGGUGAAAAGGACCAAGUCGUACGCGUCACUCAAGAAUUGGGGUCACGAUAUCUUGAAAAGUAACAAGGGGAACAAGGAGGCCAAGAAUGGGGACAGCGAGCAGCAGACUAGCGACAAGCGGAAAGCUGACGACAAGAAUACCGGCGCCAACAAAAAAAGAGAGACAGAAAAGGGCAGGUCGUCUGAGGAAAACAAGGCAGGCACCGCAAAGAAGAGCCGUGACGAGAAGAAUGAGGCCGAGAAUGCAGACGAGGACAAAGAGGAUGACGGCGAGGAACUAGAACAAGAGGAAGAGGAAGAAACCGAGGGAGAAGGUGAAGACGAGGAGGAGGACGAGGGGAAAGAGGAGGAGAGCAAGGGUGCCGAAAAUCCAGCCAAAGGUCCCAAGCCUGGCGACACAGUGAGCUGGAACUGGGGCAACGGCCAGCCAGAGGGCAAGGUGCUCGAUGUUAAAGGCGAAAGGACGACUGUCGAGACCAAGAGAGGCAACGAAGUUAGUCGAAAGGGGGACCCCGAGGAUCCGGCCAUCGUGAUUGAUACGGGCAAGUCCAAGGCGAUCAAGUCGGCCCACGAGCUGAACUGA